AUGGCAGCUACUUCCUCCUAUCUCCGCCCCAAGGCCCCCAACCGCACGGCUCGCUCCCUCCCCACCUUCCCUAAUCCCCAACAAACUCUCCCCACGUCACUCGCACCUUCGCUCACCUGUCCCGUUAUCUUCGAUUCAUCGCCUAACAAUGGCAGAUUAGGGCUGAUGGAGAACGCUCGGCCACUUGUGGACGUCGAUUUGGGAAAACGGAGAUACCCGAUUUACAUCGGGUUGGGUCUUCUCAGCCAGCCAGAGAUUGAUCAGAGGCAUGUCCAUGGGAAGCAAGUCCUUGUGGUCACCAACUCCACGGUAGCUCCUUUGUAUCUAGACAAAACUAUUUGGUCCUUAAUAGAAAGAAAUCCUAACAUCAAAGUCGAGAGCGUGAUUCUGCCUGUUGGAGAGAAACUCAAGAAAAUGGUUAACACUCUGAAGCUCUGUUAUGGACAUUCAUUCUACCAACCACAGUGUGUGCUCAUAGACACUGACGCGUUGAACAUAUUGCCUGAUCGGGAAUCGGCCUCCGGACUUGCAGAGCUCAUCAAGUAUGGACUGAUUAGAGAUGCCGAAUAUUUUGAGUGGCAAGAAAAGAAUAUGGACGCGCUUCUGGCAAGGGACCCGAAUGUAUUUUCAUAUGCUAUAAAGCGCUCGUAUGAAAAUAAAAUUGAGGUUGUGUCCUUGGAUGAGAAGGAGAGUGGACUGAGAGCAACAUUUAGGUCACACGUGGAUAAAAAGGUAGCAGAUGGCCUGCUAAGGCUCAUCCUUUUGAAAGGCCCGCUUGGCAAUUGUGUUUUCAUGGGCGAUUACGCCCGGCACUUGAAGAUACCACAUUUUGCAAGUUCUGAUGAACCAACCUAUUCCAAAAAAAGUACAUCCUCGGCACUGCCAAAAAAAGCCACCCAAGUUCCACCACCACCACCAACUUCUCUUCGCCUGACAGAUGGCAUUUUCCGUUCCUUUCUCUCUCAUCCCCACUCGCACUCUUUCUCUCUCUUCUCGUGUCCCGAAAUUAGCCGAUCAAUGGCUCAAGACCACACCCCACUACCCUCUGCCGUCUCCAUCUCGUCCCAGUCUUGUCGUUGCAUGUUGUUUGGUUUUUGUAAUAAUCGAGAUUUUGCGCCAAAGUUGAUCAAGGUUCCUACUUGUUCGUCCCAUGCAGUUGCUACAGUUGUGGAGGUCGAUUUGGGUGACCGGAGCUACCCAGUCUACAUUGGGCCGGACCUUCUCGAUCAACCCGAGAUUAUUCAAAGGCAUGUUCAUGGGAAGCAAGCUCUCGUGGUCACUAGCACCAGAAUCGCGCCAUUGUAUCUGAACAAAACCAUUAGGAUUCUAACAGAAGCAAACCCCGGUAUCCAAGUCGAAACUGUAUUUUUGCCCGAUGGGGAGAAAUUCAAGAACAUGGAAUCCGUAAUGCAAGUGUUUGACAAAGCAAUCGAGUCGCGUAUGGACCGGAGGUGCACGUUUAUUGCCCUUGGCGGUGGUCUCAUUGGCGACAUGUGUGGAUACGCGGCUUCUUCUUAUUUGCGCGGAGUGAAUUACAUUCAGAUUCCCACAACUGCUAUGUCACAGGUAGAUUCUUCGGUUGGGGGCAAAACCGCCAUCAACCAUGGGCUCGGAAAAAAUUUGAUCGGGACAAUUUACCAGCCUAAAUGCGUGCUUGUAGACACAGACACUUUAAACUCAUUGCCCGAGCGAUAUUUAGCAUCGGGCCUAGCAGAAGUCAUCUAGUUGGGCCUUGUAAGAGAUGUUCGAUUUUUCAAGUGGCAAGAGAAGAAUAUGGAAGCACUCAUGGCAAGGGUUCCAAGUGCACUUGCGUAUGCAAUCAAGCGCUCGUGCGAAAUUAAAGCCGAGAUUGUGUCCUUAGACGAGAAGGAAAAUGGAGUGAGAGCCAUAUUGAACUUCGGCCACACAUUUGGUCAUGCAAUUGGGACUGGUGCUGGAUAUGGUCAGUGGCUUCAUGGGGAGGCUGUUGCAGCUGGCAUAGUCAUGGCAGUUGAUAUGUCUUACAGGCUUAGGUGGAUUGACGAAGCAUUAGUAAAGCGGGUGCAUGUGAUCCUGAAACAGGCAAACCUACCCACAAUACCACCACACACGAUGACCGUCGACAUGUUUAAGUCUCUUAUGGCGUUGGAUAAAAAGGUGGCCGACGGUGUAUUAAGGCUCGUGCUUUUGAAAGGGUCGCUUGGCAAUUGUGUUAUCACCGGCGAUUACGACAGACGCGCUCUCGACGAUACACUUCAUGCAUUUUGCAAGUCCUCUAAUUAAUUUUUCAUUUAAUCCAUCUGAAAUCCUUUCUUUAUGUAUAUAUUGUUGCUUGAUUAUAUGUUGUAUAUUGUGAUUUGUGGAAGAACUUGAUGGCACUUUGGUAAAUAGAAAAACAUUUUGCUGGGCAAAAAUGUUUAAAAUUUCCCAUUUGGCUAUCGAAUAGUAAAUAUAAAUAAAUACAAUUUCGUGG